AUGGACAAUUCAUCUUAUAAUAGCACUAAUAUGGCUGUGCCCGAGGCUCUUAUGCGAUCGCUGCAUGAGGUGCUCGCCAGAAACACUUCUAUGCCGCCUGACUUUCUCUCUUCUUCUUCUCCCGAAGAGCUGAGCGCUCACCUAUUUCCCUUGAUUUUCGAUAGGUCUAUUUCUCUUGUCUCCCGGAUGAUUGUUUUAAAAGUGUACACUUUUUAUUCUUUUUCUGUGCCCUCUGAUUUUUCUCUCCUUCUGAUCCGCGAGCUCACAGUGGACUCUAACUCUCCUGCAUGGAUCAACGAGCUGCUGAGCGCAUGCAUACACUUCUCAAUCAACUCACCAGACGCUCUGAAGAUGUUGCAGUCUCCUAAUGUGUUCCUGGCGGUCCAGGCUGUCUAUCGCGUGUGCCCGUAUAAGUCUGUGCUUAUUCUCAUCAGGCUGAUCAACCAGGAGCUGUUUUCGUACCUCGAUGACUCUCUUUUUAACUCGUCAUUACUGCAAAUGACAACGGGAAUAAUCCACACAAAUGUGCUAGUGCUGCUAGGAUAUGCCGAAGGGUACAGACAAAGAUCGCUUCCGAAUAUACCAGAAGAUGCGUCCUUGGAAGGACAGAAAGUGCACACCCAGUUCUCCAACUGCAUUCUUGGGGACAUAUUCAUAUCCCUUCUAAAACACAUGCAUUCUCCCUUGGUGCUUCCUCUGAUAGGAUUCUUAGCUGAAACGAGCAAAGGUGCGCUGAAGUAUCUUGAGUCUUCACCCGCAAUCGUCAAAGCCAUAAAAGAAGAGUACACAAAGGGGCCUGAGAAAGAGAGAAACAUUCUGCGAAUCAACCACUUUCUAAUCCCAAUCCUGCCUAAGUCCAAGAAGAUAGUGACGUCUCUAGCCGAGGCUGGGCUCAUAGAUGCAAUAGUAGACGCGAUCGAGAACAAUAUGAAAAAGGAAAUAUUCACAGCAGAAACAGUUUCAUCCUUCUGUGUCUUGAAAAUAUUUGCACGAGACGCGAAAGUAACAGCAAACUACUUGACCACGUACAGAAUAACAAACCUACUCGAAAAGAUGGCAAAAACAGCACACAAGCACUACAGAGAAGAAGGGUACGAUGAAAUUGUUCUGUCGAUCAAUGAAUACUUCCUGCUGAUGGGAAACCUGGUCAUUUUCAACAAAGAGUGGAAACAGACUGCAGUACAGUCGGUAGUUCCAGAGAUAGUGAAGUAUCUGUCCGUUGAAAGCUUUGCAGAAAACUCGCUAAAAUUUUUGUGCUCUCUUCUGUUCGAGUGCUCGCCUGAUCUGAUAAAAUCCCUGGUCACUGAGCUGCCCAUAGCAGAAAUAAGAGGCACAGAGGGAGGGAUAAAAGAGAAGAUGCACUUCAUAGGAAUACUGAAGAACAUUCUGUCAAACACUGACUGUCUAGAUGACUCUUCUGAUUUGAUAGAGCAAAUACUCGCAGAGGUGCUGAUAAUCAAUGAAACAAUAAAGGAAAUAAUCAGAGAGAACAAAAAAGAAGUAAAAUUAUUGCCCAAGCUGUGCAGUGAUAUACUACUAGUCCUGUCCAAUGCAGCCAUUGUGUCAAAUACGCACAGGCUAGACCCCAGUGUGAUAGAUCUAUCAAUAGAAGUGCUGUCGCACUCAGCAGACACGAGAGUGUUUGCAUGCUUCCUGUCGUAUCUGGAGAACAUUCUCUACCUUCCAACAGAAAAUGUCUCCAAGCCAAGCGAAACAGCCGCCAAAGAGUAUAUGGAGCUGCCAGAGAGAACAGUAAACCAAAUAGCAGAAAUACUGAAAAAAGAGCAGAAAAAAGAUGCAGAAAUCGACUUUCGGAUAACCAAACUGAUCCCAAAAAUAUCACAGAACAAAGCAGCGCAGGGUGAAGAUACCACUUUAAAUCAGAAUAAAUAA